AUGGCCAAGGGAGAUAAGUCGGUGGCGGCAGCCAGUAUUAGUGCCAGUGACAAGUGCCUCAUGGAUUUGCUAAGGGUCUAUUUUCGGAGCUAUUGCGAAAAGUCAACUAUUCACUGCGUUCGCUAUUUGUACGAUCCACAGUUGCACAAUGUAGAGAGACUCAUCUGGUGUGUGCUGCUGAUCAUCAGCGUAGGUCUCUCCUUUUUCUUCUACCUUCUACUUUCUGAGCGUUUUGUGACCCAAAAGCUGCAGACAGUGGUCCACGAUCCACAAUACCCCGUUUUCCUGGUCCAAUUUCCCGCUGUGGGAAUUUGCACGGACAAUCGCAUUGAUUGGACCAAAUUGGAGGCGGCCAAGGAGAAAUUCCUGCCUGCCAACUCGAGCGUGGAACUUGUCGAAAGUUUUACCAUCUUGGUUGCCCGUUUGGAAACCCUCCGCUUUGGCAUUUACAUGGCCAGUUUGUCCCAACUGGAGGACGAUAAUCUGGAGGCAGUGGGAUUUGUGAAUUUAACCGAACUAUCCAUGUUCUUGACCAUACGCUGCGAGGACAUAAUGGUCUCCAAAUCCUGCCUGUGGCGCAGUGCCCCCUUCAAUUGUUGUGAAUAUUUUGUUAUGGAAAAGACAGAGUUUGGAUUUUGUUUGGUUUUCAAUUCAGAGAUAUCACCACUCUCGAAGGCAAUAAGAGAAAGGGAAGGUAGAAACUUUUAUCCAAGGCAUAAUGCCAAGGCAGGUCAAGGUACUGGAUUAAAUUUUGAUCUGCUCAUCAAUGAAAGUUUUAAGCGACCCGAUUCCCAGGCCAACGAUAAUGUCUACGUUAUGAUUAAGAAGCCAGAUCAGUUGAACAAUGUUCUAUACUCAAUGACCCAAAAUACGGAGACCUAUGUGACCGUACGUCCGGAUCUCACUUGGACGGAUGAGACCACACGCAACAUUCCUCCGGAGCGUAGGAACUGCCUUUUUGCGGACGAGCAGCAUGAGUUGGAUGAACAUGAUGCGGCCAAGAAGUUUGGAAAACCCUUUCAGCUCACCAACUGCCUAAAUAGAUGCCACGAGUCCUACUUGGUUCAGCUCUGCAACUGCUCUCUGCCAAUUUUCUUCCUUUUCAACAAAAGGGUUAAAGAAUGCAAUUCUGUUAGCCUACGGUGCCUGGCUCGUAACAAUGACAUUUUCAGCUACGACAAACGGAGGGACGAGGAUGCCCUUUUCAGUGCCACUAAGCCGGGGAUGACCUGUUCCUGUUUUGUGAACUGCUACCUGCUCGACUAUUAUACGGCCACCACCACUCUGCCUUUGUCUGCUCAUAAACUGCCCAAAGAUCCACAACAAAAACUGUUCAAAGUGGAUGUGCACUAUCAGGUGGAAACUACACCUUUGUAUCGCACCAGUUUGGAAUUCACCACAAUUGAUUUGAUAGCCAAUCUAGGUGGAAUCUUUGGUCUCUGUUUGGGAGCUUCUGUGGUUAGUGCCUUUGAACUGAUUUACUAUUUAACUGUGGGCCUGGCCAUGCAUCUAUAUGACAACAAAUACUACGGGGUCUUAAAUAAGCAACUGCGAAUCAAAUGGCGAACAUUUAAGAACUACCUUAAAAACGAUGUCAGCCCUGCAGCCCAAAAGAACUUUGGUGAAGGUAAACUAAGGCAUCCCUUUAACCAUAGAAAAAAUGUUUGGUAA